CCCUUUCUUGGACACGUAUUGUUGUUUCGCCGAUAACAAAGAUGGCGGCCGGACCCGCGUAAAUUGGACACCUUGCAUUGGUACUAUUAUUUCAAAAUCACAUUCUUUUUUCUCCUUCUGUUGUUUGCUAAGUGCUCCUGCUAUUACGACAGACGAGACACGCAUAGAAGUAGAUUUAAAAGCACGUAAAUGUACGUGUUUUGGGCUCCUGAGUCUACCGCGGCCUACAUGGGAAGAGAAGCCUCGGACUUUCCUUGACCGCUUUGACCGGCGAGCUGGGGGCCGCACGGGGGAAAGGAUUACAGCGUUGGAAAUAUAUGGGAGCUGAGGGAGUCAGAGUAAAUUGAGAGGGGGUGUGUUUGUGUAUCUUUAUGAAAGUAGGCGGGAAUUCGUUAAGCUAUCGUGAUUUUCACUGUUCGGUAGUUGAGAGACUUUCGUUAUGAUAACAUAACGCAAUUUUCCCUUUUCUCCUCGAGAAGGGGCUUUUUACUUUACUGAAGCGUUAUAUCAGGGUUACCUGCGGCUACAGUGUGGCGUUGACUGCUCAUCUACUAAAGCAUUGCCACACUUAAGCAGUCUUAGUAACUACUUUGAGAGGCUGGCUUCUUUAUUUCAAACACAUUGUAUGGUACAACCUUGUAUUUCUUCCAUUCAAACUGCCUUGAAGAUGUUAUUACAGCAUGUGUGGUUUGAUCUUCUUGGUAUUUACCUAACGUGGUAUUACCCUUUUGUUUCAGGUACAUACUCUGGAGAAAAGUCGUGUUGACUAAGGAGGGACCAUGGCUUUUGAGGAGAUCAAGGGUAAAGGAGGAAUGGGUAACGUUUUUACUGCACAUUUUGAAUAUUUUUACGUCUCUGAUGGAAGAACAAUUAGACUGUUAUGAGCCUUGAGCUCAUGAAAUGGUCUUAGAGAUGCACAUGUAUUGACCGUAGCCUAAAAAGCAUAAAAGUUGAGCAGUCCCUUAAAAUUUUCCCUAUAUAAAUCCAACAAAGCACCUAGAAACAAGUCUUAAAUUUAGGUCUUGGCUUCACUUGAGUGAAAGUUGAUGAAGUCAAUUAAUGAGUAGGUUGUGCAAGAUAACAACACGCUUAACUAUUAGCUAGACAAUGAAAAGUUUACCAGCUGGAGCAUCCUGAACAUCUGCUGACAUGGACAUGUUGGAGCUAGUACCUCAGUUAAAUAAAGAUAUCGAAUGAACAAAAUCAAGAUCUUCAGCAAGGAUUAUAAUUUUUUUUAGGUGCUUUUAUUUUUAUAAUUGGACUUAAUGAAAGACAUGAGAGAGACAAGACGAAAUCCAAGAGUCUCUCAGGAGAAAUAAGACAGUCAUGAAUAAUACAGAGUCAUAUAGGAGAAAUUCACUCUCAAAAUAAGCACCCCUUAACAAGGAGAUUUAUUUUGCCGUUUAGGAACUCAUUGACAGGUUCUGAGAGAAGGUUUAAAAUUGGCACAGGUAGGUGGCACAUUUCAACAAAAGUACAUAUAAUGAAACCAUUCAUCCUGACUUUUUUUCUCAUAAUUUUCAGGCUAUAACAAGUUUUGUUGCCCAGGUUGCGACUAUAAUGCUUUGUUCAUAUUUUCCAGACAUGGGGAUGGACGGUGAAAGGGGCCUUGUCGCUGGUCGCAGCCAGAGAGAGAAAAGGAGGUCGUACAAAGAUCUGCUGAGAGAGGAAGAGGAGAUUGCUGCUCAGGUCCGAAAGUCUUCCAAAAAACGGCCUAAGGUGAAACACGAGUCUGAAAUAACUUAAACAAAAGCUUUAAAAGUAAAACUUGUGCUGUUACUGCAGUUAUAACAUUUCUGACCGAAUGUUUUUAUGAAUUUGUCAAGGACUCAGAACUUUUCAUGCUUGGAGGGGACUCUCACAAAAAGAAGAAGAAACAUGGGGAUGACUACUAUUACAGGGGUGAGACGUUGAUGUAUUAUUUGAAUCUUUUAAUAUCACAAAAUAUAUGCAGCUGCAAAUAUUUUUAUCAUUUUGCACUCAGUUUAUUCUUUUCUUUUUUGCAUUGUUUUUUAUUUUCAAUGGAAUUGGUUUAUUUUACAAUGCUGAGUUUUGUUUAUUGCUGAUAAGUUUCCACUCAGAGUCUAUAACCUGCAUAUUUUUUGUGUUUCUGUGAUAGAUUUUAAACCUUGAAAGUUUUGUAAUUUUUAUUCUUUCCACCCCUGUAUCAGAACACGAUCAUUCAGGACCACCUCCUCACAAGAAAAAGCACAAGUCUGCAGACCGCUCCCCCACGCUCUCCUCCCCCUCAUCCUCCCACCCAACAGACACAGCGAUGGGCCUCCUUCAGGCCAUCACCUCCCCUCUAGCCACAGGCUCAGACCCCAGCCCCCACCUGCACAAGAAACCCUCAUACCCCUCUUUCUCCUCCCACUCCUCCAAGGACCGCAAACGUGAGGGCAGCGGCGGCGGUAGUAGCAGCAAAGGCAGCCACUCCUCUCACUCCCGCCCCAUGUCUUCAUCGUCAUCUUCCUCCAAGAAGCACUCCUCCUCUUCCUCAAAGUCGUCUCUCUUCCAUGGCGGAGCUCCGAAAGAGGAGCCGCUGACGUUACGAGAAGCUGAUGGGCUCAAGAUGAAGCUCAUCAUGUCCCCGGAGAAAGAAGACGGGGAGAGCUUUCCUUUCACGCCGCACUCAUCCAAAGGAGGCGUGAAGAAGGAGAAGGAUCGGGACAGGAUGGAGACGUCGAAGUCACCCAAGAAAAAACUGCAGCAGAGUCGAGAUCCGCUACCAGUGGUUGGAAAAGAGGUGGAGGUGGAAGGUAAGAAAAGACCCCAAAACCCUUUUACAUAAUUUCUUAACCCCCUAAUUCAAUUGUAUGUCACCAUCUUAAUAAUUCAGAUUUUUGUUUAUUUAUUUCUAUAAGGGAAAUUUCACCAUUUUGUUCUUCAUGAUGCGUUUUGUUGUUACACAGGUCAUUAUGGAGGAGGUAUGGGAGACGACAGCUCCUCAUCAGGAGGUGAACUGGAGGCGGGUGAACUGGUUAUAGAUGAUUCAUACACACACCUCUCCAAAAAGAAAAAGAAGAGCAAAAAGAGCAAGAAGAAGAAGGAUAAAGAAAAAGACAGAGAUAAAGAAAAGAGUGGGAAGGACAAGAAGCACAGCAAAGGGUUUGGAGGUGAGAUUACUGAUUGUUUAUCAUGUUAAAAGAAAGAAUGAAAUAAUUUUGUCCAAGAAUCACUUUGAAAAUGUUGAUUUGUUCUUUGAAUUUAGAAAAGUAAUACAGAAUUAUUUAUUUAUUUAUAUUUUUACAUGUCCUUGGAUUCCAACAAGAAAAACACAAAACCUGCAGUAUUGCUUUCUCUUUUGUGGGGGACAAGCCCAGCUGACUCCAGUGUUCUUUGUUUUCUUAAUCUGCUGCAAAGCUCCACUCAAAAUGUUUUAGUAUCGUCUUGUCGAAUAACGUAAAACUAUUUAGCAGCUGUUUCUUUCCUGAGCCCACAAUCAAACCUCAAACUGAGCAGAUAAUCGAAAACAUCCUUAUUUAAACUCUUUUUGUGCUCAAAUUCUCUGCAGACUCGUCGAGGGGCCACAGCCACUCCCACCCCACUGUCACCCACAGCUCUGUCGGGCCGAUGUACGCCAUGAGCACGCCUGUCCCUCAACACCAUCAUCAAGGCAACGAUGGAGUACCAGAGAAGAAGAAAAAGAAGAAGGAGGAGAAAGACCGGGACAAACACGACAAGGAAAAAGACAAGGUAGGACACUUGAAACGCAGUAAUGCCGUUCCUCUUUUUCUGUUUUGGUGCCAUGUGCUGUGAGUGUCUUGCUCUCUGAUUGUCUGAUCCUCUAUGAUGAUAAAGUUUUCCACUAUUUACUCACUUUAUUGUUUCUUGUUUUUUUUAGCCCAAGAAGAAGAACACAACAGCAUAUCAGGUGUUUUGUAAGGAGUACAGGGUCAACAUUAACGCAGAGCAACCAGGGCUGGGUGAGUUUCUCAUCACAUGAACUUUAACCCUUUAUGACACUGACUGAUAGUUUAAUUCCAUAAAAGUGACAUUUUUAAUAAAGUCGGUCUGAUUUGCAGUGUUUGGUGAGCUGAGUAAGAAGUUGGCAGAGGUGUGGAAAGCAAUGCCAGAAAAAGACAAACUGGUAAGUUUUUUUUUUCUGUUUGACGUAAAACUUCCGAAAUCUUUUGUUCUGUGAUUCAGCAGUGGUGGCCGUGCACUGAAAGUCUGUUUUCUGUUUGUGCAGGUUUGGAGGCAGAAAGCUCAGUAUCUGCAGCACAAACAGAACAAAGCUGAGGCCACCACAGUCAAACACAAGAGUGCCAGUGAGAGCAAAAGCAAAGGUAUGUGUGACUCUUACACAAAAACUCACCAUAAACCCUCUUGAUCCUAGGGAGCCCAAAAGUUUCAACAUACUCUUCUUGAGAGAUGAAUCUGUUCCCUACUCUUCCUCACUCACUGCCAGUUCUCAUCACAGUCGCCUACUUUGUCAUUACAGUUGUAGGAACAGGUUCAGGGAUGGUGUCUCCCAGCAGAACGCCAGGUACCAUGUCUUUGUCUCCAGCAAGAGUCCCUGAUGUGGAUCCCAUUGAUGCAGCUGCUCACCUGCAGCUUCUGGGAGAGUCCUUGUCCCUAAUCGGACACAGGCUACAGGAGACAGAGGUACAUGCCUGCACACACAAAAACUCUCAACAUUACUUGUUUGACUUGUCAAAUACCGCUGUUUUAUUUCUGUGCUCUGGAUUAAAGGACAAAUGUGUGUUUGUUACAGGGGAUGGUGGCGGUGUCUGGGAGUCUGUCUGUCCUUCUUGACUCCAUCCUCUGUGCGCUGGGACCGCUGGUCUGUCUCACAGCUCAGAUACCAAAGUUGAACGGAUGUCCUCGAAAUGUCCUGGUACAGUACGAACAUUUAUAAAGUUGAAUUAGUUAUGUUGGUGUGGAUGAUUUAUAGCUUCGUAACUUCUUCAGUUCUCAAUAAUCACAACAUCAAUCCUGAAUUGAGGAGGGGCUGGGUGAUGUAAACAAUCAAAACACAGAGAAAAGGAGCAAUAUGAAAAAGCCAGACAAUACAGUUUUUGUAGCAAACACAAUUCUGAAUGAAACAUCGUUCUAAAAAUCCCUGAUUUCCACUUGAAAAUAAGUUAUGGCUUAUGAGGAGUCUGUGCUCUCAGUUGGGCUAACAUAAUUCUGACAUUUAAAAAAAUGUGGGAUUUCCUACUUUUUCGCACAGCCUUACUUCAAGGUUUCAAACAUUUAGAUUUAUUUUUUGAGUAUUUUAUUCCAGUUAACCAAAGCUCUCUCUUUUUCCUGACAGUCAAACACAUUGGACAACAUUGCCUACAUCAUGCCUGGACUGUGAGCGAAGGACAAAAAUCAAACUGAUUUGGGAUCAGAAGUCAACACAGUUGACUGAAGCAGUGACCUCUGGACUUUAUUUUAAGCCACUGGGGACAUUUGAAAACUUGGAUAUUUCUAGUGUCAACAUGUUUUUAAAGUGUAUUUUUUUAAAAAUCAGGUUCUCUUAAUUUUCUAAUUGUGAUAUUUUUAAAUGAAACAUUUUACUGAACAUGUUAAUCUGUCUUGGCAUGUAAGCUCAGUUUUACUGUUACUGUACAGUCUGAUUUUGUAUAUGUUGUACUGAAUGUCUGGAUGUGUUUGUUUAGCUGUGAAGUGUGUUUGGUUGAAUGAGGCUCAACAUAUUUGAUUUAUUUUUACUGAGUUGUACAGAAACAUUUGAAUCAUCUGUUAGUCAUCAUCAACAUAAUAUAUUCGACACCUGCUUAGGUUUUCUUUUAUCAUGUAAAAGUGCUGUUUUUUUACACUUGAUGUUUUACUGUACACACACAGCAUUUAGAUUUGACUUGUGUAGGGUUUCAGAGGUGCUAAAACACACCUUUAAGUGCAACCUUGUUCUAAUCAGGAGCUGUAAAAACAAAACCACUGUUGGGUAUUUAAUAAAUUGGCAACAUAAAAAAUAUCCAAAAUUCAACUUUUGCAUUUGGUUGAUUUUUAUUUUUAUCCAGUUCAGGAUAUUUGGGAAACCUCUUACAUAUGUGACAGACAGUCAUAUGUAUUGUCUUUGUGAUUUUCCUCUCGUAAAAAUCUGGACUUUUAAAUGAAUGAGUUUGGUAUACACUGUGCAUGUGCGAAACAUAUGUCACUUUCUCUACUCGCCAUCUACUGCAUCUGUUCACAAACAAACAUGAGUAGACAGACAAUCAAAUCUUGUACUAAUCUCUUUUAAUAUUUUGGAGCUGUAGUUCAGCUAAGGUGAAUUUUCUGUGGUUGAAGUUGCCUUUUUUCCUGAGCUGGAGCUCUAAGGUAAGAGGACCUUCUUUGAAUCACAGCUGUAGUUUCAUCUUUCAGUGCUGAGAAAAAAAAAAAAUCAAUGGUCUGUCUAAAUGCAUUAACACUGGUCUUAUAUUUAUGUUUAUUUGAUCCAGUGACUUGCUUGAUAGUUAAUUAAAUAAUAAAUGAGAUAGAAAAA